GAUCUGCCACCGCAGCAUUCCUGUUUGCAUGAUGCUGCUGACCAGAUCACUUGCCGCCGGCCGGUCCGUCACGCGCGCAAUGCGCCCAUUUCAUGUGUCUCGGCAACUCAUGCGCAUGGACGACUUCGACAGCAUGUCCCGCGAGACUCCCGUGAACUUGGGUGUAUUGGUUGUGCCUCAACAGCGAGCUUGGGUCGUCGAGCGCUUUGGCCGGUUCCACACGACACUGGAACCGGGGCUACACUUUCUCAUCCCGGUGGUCGAUCGUGUCGCGUACGUACAUUCGCUCAAAGAAGAAGCCAUCAAGAUCCCAGGACAGUCGGCCAUCACCAAGGACAACGUGACCAUUCACAUCGACGGGGUGCUGUACGUCAAGAUUGUCGAUCCAUACAACGCGUCGUACGGCGUGGAAGACCCGAUCUACGCCGUGACGCAACUCGCGCAGACAACCAUGCGGUCCGAGCUCGGCAAAAUCACCCUCGAUAAGACCUUUGAAGAGCGCGAACACCUCAACAAGAACAUUGUUGCGUCCAUCAACCAAGCAUCCGAAGCAUGGGGCAUCAAAUGUCUCCGGUAUGAAAUCCGCGACAUUGCGCCGCCGACGUCGGUCAAGGCGGCGAUGGACAUGCAGGCGGAAGCGGAGCGAAAGAAGCGCGCGGAAAUUCUAGACUCGGAAGGGGAACGCCAGGCGUACAUUAACGUGGCGGAGGGUAAGAAGCAGGCAAUUGUGCUCGAGGCGGAAGGAAGUGCUGCCGCCAUCUUGGCGCGGGCGACGGCGUCCGCAGAGGCCAUCAAGCAACUCUCGGCGGCAAUUCAAUCGACGGGCGGCGAGCAAGCCGUGGCGCUUCAACUCGCGGAGAAAUACGUGGACGCGUUUGGUAACGUGGCCAAGGAAAGCACGACGUUGUUGCUACCGGCGAACGCGAGCGACCCCGCGAGUAUGGUGGCGUCGGCGCUGUCGAUCUUUGCCAACGUACAAAGCAAAACGAGCCAUUUGAACAAAACGUCUGCUACGAAACCCGACGACUACGAACUCGACGUUGUACCCCCAGUCGAUGACCCGUUAUUUCCCCACGGAGGCGUACCCAAAGUGUAGAGAACGUCCUUUCUAACCGUCACGAAAUCCAUUCCAGUGUUGGAACGACCA